UUAAAGUUUCUUCGAGAUCAGUCACUAACCUGUCAUCACAUCUGUCCUAUUAAAGAGGGAGAAGAAAUAGUUAAAAGAAAUCUUGGAGCCAAGUAUAUAAAGAGACUCGCAAGUAAAGAACUAUAUAUGGAUUUGGUUCCUUCAAUGUUUAUGCCUGAUUCAACCGAGGAAGAUGGGUUACUAUUUUCUGAUUCUUUUGUUCUUUCCCCGUUUUUGCCAUGCCAAAACCAUGAUGUUUGCAAUCCGAUAGCAAACAAAAAUGGUGGGAGCAAUAAGAAACGAAGUUUGUGUGAUACAUAUGGCGCAAGUGAAGCCAACAAAGGGGCUCCUGAUGAUCGAGAAAGCAAGAAGAUGAGACACAGAGACAUUGAAAGGCAAAGAAGACAAGAAGUUUCAUCUCUUUUCAAAAGUCUAAGAACUCUCUUGCCAUUUCAAUAUAUCCAGGGUAAACGUGCCACAUCAGAUCAUAUUUUCCAGGCAGUGAACUACAUCAAAGAUUUACAAAACAAAAUCAAAGAACUAAACGAAAAGAAAAAUCGGAUUAAAAAAUCAAUACCGGGCACACAUAUCACGCAUCCAUCAACAGAGGAAUGCACUAGUAGUAGUUUAUCAUCGUCAUCAACAUUAUCAUCAAGCUGCUCAUGUGUAGAUGACAAACACAUUACAGUUGUGGUCAUGCCUUGUUUGAUGGGUGUUGAGAUCGUUAUAAGUUGUUGUAUCCAACGAAACAAGUCUUGUCUCUCGACUGUUCUACAAACGUUGGCUCAAGAGCAAAGGCUUAGUGUAGUUAGUUGCCUCUCAUCAAAGCUGCAACAACGAUUUACACACACCAUUGUUUCUCAGGUCGAGAAUGGAAUAAAGAUCGACUAUUCAGAAAUAAAAGAUAAAAUAAUGAAUAUGUAG